AUGCAGGAAUUAUCCAGCCAGCUUAACGAACUCCUUAGCAAAGGUUUCAUAAGACCAAGCUUCUCACCUUGGGAAGCACCAGUUUUGUUCGUAAAGAAGAAGGAUGGAUCAUUCCGCAUGUGCAUAGACUACCGCGAGUUGAAUAAACUUACCAUCAAGAAUCGAUAUCCUCUGCCUCGCAUUGACGAUCUGUUCGACCAACUUCAAGGUGCGAACUACUUCUCGAAAAUAGACUUAAGAUCCGGGUAUCACCAGUUACGGAUUUUGGAGGAAGACAUUCCCAAGACCGCGUUUAGAACUCGUUAUGGUCAUUACGAGUUUAUAGUGAUGACAUUCGGAUUGACAAAUGCAACUGCUGUGUUCAUCAACCUAAUGACAGAGUGA